AUGACGGGCACGCUGGGCCGGCAGGCUGCCGCCAAGGCCGCCUCCAGGUUCUUCAGGACCCAACCCAAGGUGCCCCCACAUGCCCUAACCCUGGAGCCCUGGGCAGAGCGGGGAGUCUCCUCCAGGGGGGCCUGCCACAGCAGGGUGCCGCACUCCAGCUGUGACUGGCAGUCCAUCUUCCAAGAUGGAGAAGGGCAUGCAGGGCCUGGCCGGCAGCUGCAGCCAGAAGAGCCAGACGCGGACACGGAGGACGACCGCUCUGUGACCGCAGGGGCCGAGCUGGUGCGGCCACAGCCCCAGGGGUCCUCUCCCGUCUACGAGUGCGUGACCGAGGCCGGCUCAGGACUCCUGGGGGACGCUCCAGGCAGGCCAGCCUCCUCGGGGAGACGGAGAUCCUGGUGGCGACGGGAUUCGGGGGAGUCGCGGGCCUCGCCCAGGAUGAGCAGCCCAGAGGACGCGCCGGAGGUGACGCUGGAGACCAAGGCCGAGGCGGGCGCCAGCGGCUACAGUGUCGCGGGCGGCGGGAGCCAGGGGCUGUUUGUCAAGCACGUGCUGAAGGCGUCCUCCGCGGCCAAGCUCUUCAACCUGAGGCCAGGAGACCAGCUGCUCAGCGCGACCAUAUUCUUCGAUGACAUCAAAUAUGAAGACGCUCUCAAGAUCCUCCAGUACUCGGAGCCCUACAGGGUCCAGUUCCAGAUCAGACGGAAACUCCCUGCCAGGCAGGACGAGGACUGGCCGCCCAAGGGUGACCAGCGGGCCCCCAGGGGCCCCAAGAGGCAGGUGAGGCCCGGGGCUCAGGGGCCCACGCCCGCGGCCUGCCUGGCUCUCGCCGCGGCGCCGAACCCUACCCUUGUGCUUCAGCUCCAGGAGGCCCCCGAAGGCGCCCCCGGGACGCCCGCGACGCCCGCGAAGACGCUGGACGCAGACUCGGACCAGGACAGGCUGCUGGGCCCGCCCGCGCGGGACCGGGGCCGGCAGCCCCAGAGGGAGCGGCUGUCCUGGCCCAAGUUCCAGGUGGGGAAGGGCAGGCGCCAGCCGGGGCCCCGGCGCUCCCGCAGCUCCUCGGAGGCCCAGGACCUGUCCCCCACGAGCACCGACCCAGGGCCCCCGCUGCCCCCCGAGAAGCAGCCCAGGGGCCGGCUCCGCAGCCUGAGGCUCAGGCUGGGCGCGGGGAAGGGCAGCGUGCCCCCGGGGGGAGCAGGCACAGGGGCUCGCACCCAGCUCCUGCAGGACCCAGGGCCCUGGGAUGAGGGCUGGGGGGACCCCGGGGUGGACGGGGGAGCCGAGGCUGAGGGGGAGACGCCAGGGGCUCCCCAGGCCACAGCCACACCCGGCACACACGGGCAGACGGCACCCAGCAGCUGUGGCACCGGUGCCCAGGGGCGAGAGGCACCCGUAGCACCCACGUGGGCAGGGAAGGACAGGGGAGAGGACCGCCGGGGGGACACCCUGCCGGGAGGGCGCCCAGCAGAGGGCCCGGGCACGGGGCUGUGUGACCUGGAGGCCGGGAUAGCCCGGCUGUCCCUGCAGGACACGCCCCGCCGGGCGGACACCACGGGGCACACGCAGGGCUCACACGGCCAGCUGCGCGGCCCAGAGGCCCGAACCAAGGGGGACAAGGGCCGGGGCAGAGGGGCCGAGGGGGCGCAGGGAGCGGGCCAGUACGCAGGGGACGCGGGGGCCGGCCGGCCGGGGGACCCCGCCCAGGGGGGCCCGGAGCCAGGAGCCGCGGACGGCAGGUUCAGCAUCGUACGGCUGAGGGUGCCCGCCUUCGGCGUGCGGACUCCAGCGCAGGCCAGAGAAGAGGCCGGGGAGGAGGACGAGACCCAGCCCAGUGGGAGGGCUGACCAGGGCCUGCGCUCCAGCAGCAAAGGCCAAGAGACAGCCUGCCUCAGCCUCCAGCAGCCACCCACUGAGGCGGACAUCGCGGCCAGCCAGGGCGGCCGGAAGCUGCCCGAGGCCCAGGAGCCCGAAGGAGAGACCGGCCAUCCUGAGCUGGGAGCAGAACUCAAGGGCCACCAGUCAAGGCUGAGAACCGGAGGCCUCAAGAUGCCUAAGAUGGACUUCAAGCCACCACAGCUGGACACCAGGGAUCCCAAUGUGGACACAGAGGGUGGCACAGUGGCAGUGAGGGUCACUGGUGUGGACAUGUCUGUGCCCGGCUCACAGGUGGACGUCCAGGCACACAGAGUCUCCCUGGAGGGGGACAUCGGCCUGGGAGACACAGAGGUGACCCCCAGGGACAAAAAAUUCAAGAUGCCCAAGCUCAGGAUGCCUUCUUUUGGCAUGUCCACCAUGGGCAAGUCGGCAAAGGCUCCAGUUGAGACCAACAUGUCGGUGCCGUCCAUACAGGGAGAUGUCCAGGGCCCUGACCUCAGCCUCCAGCAGCCAUCAGACAAAGCAGACAUUGAGAUCGUCCAGGUGGGUGUGAAACUGCCCGAGGCCCAAGAGCCAGAAGGAGAGACUGGCCAGCCCGAGCUGGGAGCCGGACUCAAGGGCCACCUGCCCAAGCUGAAGACUGGCAGCCUCAAGAUGCCCAAGGUGGACUUCAAGACACCCCAGCUGGACAUCAGGGGGCCCAGUGUGGACAAGGAGGCAAUCAAGGUUGUGGGCAGUGUCCCUGAGGGAUUCAUGUCCAUGCCCAGCUCACAGGACAUCCAGGCACAGGGAGUCUCUCUGGAAGGGGACAUCGGCCUGGGAGACACGGAGGUGACCUCCAGGGACAGCAAGUUCAAGAUGCCCAAGCUCAAGAUGCCCUCCUUCGGCGUGUCCACCACGGGCAAGUCGGGGAAGGCUCUGGUCGAGGCCGAGAUGUCAUUGCCGUCCAUGCAGAGAGAUGCCUGGGGCCCUGACCUCAGCCUCCAGCGGCCAUCCACUGAGGCAGACAUGGCAAUGGUCCAGGUUGGCCUAAAACGGCCUGAGGUCCAGGUGCCCAAAGGAGAGACCGGCCAGCCCGAGCUGGGAGCCAUCAGCAUGAAGAUGCCCAAGGAAGACAUAAAGCCACCUGAGCUAGACAUAAGAGGCUCCGGUGUGGACCUGGAGUGCACAAAGGCAGUGGUCAGUGUCCCGGAAGUGGACAUGACGGUGCCUGUCUCAGAGUUGGAUGUUCAGGCACCGGGAGUCAAUCUGGCAGCAGACAUCAGCCUAAGAGACACGGAUGUCACCUCCAGGGACAGCAAGUUCAAGAUGCCCAAGCUCAAGAUGCCCUCCUUUGGCGUGUCCACCACGGGCAAGUCAGCGAAGGCUCCGAUCGAGGCCGACAUAUCGGUGCCGUCCAUGCAGAGAGAUGUCCAGGGCCCUGACCUCAGCCUCCAGCAGCCAUCGGCCAAAGUGGACAUCACGACGGUCCAGGUGGGUGUGAAACUGCCUGUGGCCCAGGUGCCCAAAGGAGAGAUGAUUCAGCCAGAGCUGGGAGCUGGACUCAAGGGCCACCUGCCCAAGCUGAAGACUGGCAGCCUCAAGAUGCCCAAGGUGGACUUCAAGGCACCCCAGCUGGACAUCAGUGGCCCCAGUGUCGACACAGGGGGUGGCAAGAUGGCAGUGAGGGUCCCCGAUAUGGACAUGUCCGUGCCCGGCUCACAGGUGGACAUCCAGGCACAGGCAGUCUCAGUGGAGGGGGAAAUUGGCCUGGGAGACACAGAGGUGACCUCCAGAGACAGCAAGUUCAAGAUGCCCAAGUUCAAGAUGCCCUCCUUUGGCAUGUCCACCAUGGGCAAGUCGGCAAAGGCUCCGGUCGAGAUGGACAUGUCAGUGCCGUCCAUGCAGGGAAAUGUCCAGGGUCCUGACCUCAGCCUCCAGAAGCCAUCGGCCAACAUGGACAUCACGACGGUCCAGAUGGAUAUGAAACUGCCUGAGGCCCAGAUGCCCGAAGGAGAGAUGGAUCAGCCAGAGCUGGGAGCCGGACUCAAGGGUCACCUGCCCAAGCUGAAGACUGGCAGCCUCAAGAUGCCCAAGGUGGAUUUCAAGCCACCCCAGCUGGACGUCAGUGGUCACAGUGUGGACAUGGAGGGCGGCAAGUUGGUGAUGAGUGUCACCGAUAUGGACAUGUCCGUGCCUGGCUCACAAGUGGACGUGCAGCCACCGGGAGUCUCUCUCGAAGGGGACAUCGGCCUGGGAGACACGGAUGUGACCGCCAGGGACAAAAAGUUCAAGAUGCCCAAGCUCAAGAUGCCCUCCUUCAGCGUGUCCACCACGGGCAAGUCGGAAAAAGCUCUGGUCAAACUCAACAUGUCGGUGCCGUCCAUGCAGGGAGAAGUCCAGGGCCCUGACCUCAGCCUCCAGAUGCCAUUGGCCGACGUGGACAUCACGACUGUCCAUGUUGGCGUGAAAAUGCCUGAGGCCCAGGUGAUCGAAGGAGAGACUUUCCAGCCUGAGCAGGGAGCAGGACUCCAGGGCCACCUGCCCAAGCUGAAGACUGGAAGCCUCCAGAUGCCCAAGGUGCCCCAGCUGGACAUCAGUGGCCCCAGUGUGGACCUGGAAGGCAGCAAUGUGGCAGUGAGUGUCACCGAUGUGGACAUGUCCAUGCCUGGCUCACAAGUGGACAUCCAGGCACAGGGAAUCUUGCUGGAGGGGGACAUUGGGUUGGGAGACACGGAGGUGACCUCCAGGGACAGCAAGUUCAAGAUGCCCAAGCCCAAGAUGCCCUCCUUUGGCGUGUCCACCACGGGCAAGUCAGUGAAGGCUCCGGUCGAGGCUGACAUGUUGGUGCCAUCCAUGGAAGAUGUCCAGGGCCCUGACCUCAGCCUCAAGAUGCCAUCGGCCAACAUGGACAUCACAUCUGUCCAGGUCGACCUGAAAAUGCCUGAGGUCCAGGAGUCUGAAGGAGAGACCAGUCAGCCUGAACUGGGAGCCGGACUCAAGGGCCACCUGCCCAAGCUGAAGACUGGCAGCCUCAAGAUGCCCAAGGUGGACAUCAAGCCACCGCAGCUGGACAUCAGGGGACCCAGUGUGGACAGGGAGGCAAUCAAAGUGGUGGGCAGUGUCCCUGAGGAGUCCAUUACCAUUCCCAGCUCUCAGGUGGCCAUCCAGGCACCUGGAGCCUCUCUGAAAGGGGACAUCGGCCUGGAAGACACAGAGAUGACCUCCAGGGACAGCAAGUUCAAGAUGCCCAAGCUGAAGAUGCCCUCCUUCGGUGUGUCCACCACGGGCAAGUCGGGGAAGGCUCUGGUCGAGGCCGACAUGUCGGUGCCGUCCAUGCAGGGAGAUGUCCAGGGCCCUGACCUCAGCCUCCAGAUGCCAUCGGUUGAUGUGGACAUCACGACCGUCCAGGUGGGUGUAAAACUGCCUGAGGUCCAGAAGCCUGAAGGAGAGACCAGUCAGCCUGAACUGGGAGCCGGACUCAAGGGCCACCUGCCCAAGCUGAAGACUGGCAGCCUCAAGAUGCCCAAGGUGGACUUCAAGCCACCCCAGCUGGACCUCAGUAGUCCCAUAGUGGACAUGAAGGGCGGCAAGGUGGCAGUGAGUUUCACUGAUGUGGACAUGUCCAUGCCCGGAUCACAAGUGGACGUCCAGGCACAGGGAGUCUCGCUGGAGGGGGACAUCGGCCUGGGAGACACGGAGGUGACCCCCAGGGACAGCAAGUUCAAGAUGCCCAAGCUCAAGAUGCCCUCCUUCGGCGUGUCCCCCAUAGGCAAAUCGGGGAAGGCUCCGGUCGAGGCCGACAUGUCGGUGCCGUCCAUGCAGGGAGAUGUCCAGGGCCCUGACCUCAGCCUCCAGAUGCCAUCAGCUGAUGUGGACAUCACGACCAUCCAGGUGGGUGUGAAACUGCCUGAGGCCCAGAUGCCCGAAGGAGAGACUGGUCAGCCAGAGCUGGGAUCCGGACUCAAGGGCCACCUGCCCAAGUUGAAGACUGGCAGCCUCAAGAUGCCCAAGGUGGACUUCAAGCCACCCCAACUGGACAUCAGUGGUCCCAGUGUGGACAUGGGGGGCAGCAAGGUGGUAGUGAGUUUCACUGAUGUGGACAUGUCCAUGCCCAGCUCACAAGUGGACGUCCAGGCACAGGGAGUCUCAUUGGAGGGGGACAUCGGCCUGGGCGACACGGAGGUGACCUCCAGGGACAGCAAGUUCAAGAUCCCCAAGCUCAGGAUGCCCUCCUUCAGCGUGUCCACCACGGGCAAGUCGGCAAAGGCUCCGGUCGAGGCCGAUAUGUCGGUGCCGUCCAUGCAGGGAGAUGUCCAGGGCUCUGACCUCAGCCUGCAGAUGCCACCGGCCGAAGCGGACAUCACGACCGUCCAGGUGGGUGUGAAACUGCCUGAGGCCCAGGUGACCGAAGGAGAGACCGGCCAGCCCAAGCUGGGAGCCAGACUCAAGGGCCACCUGCCCAAGCUGAGAACUGGAAGCCUCCAGAAGCCCAAGGUGCCCCAGCUGGACAUCAGUGGACCCAGAGUGGACCUUGAAAGCACCAAGUUGGCAGUCAGUGUACCAGAUGAGGACAACCCUGUGCCUGGCUCACAGGUGGAUGUCCAGGCACCUGGAGUCUCUCUGGAAGGGGAGAUCAGCUUUGGUGACACAGAGGUGACCCCCAGGGACAGCAAGUUCAAGAUGCCCAAGCUCAAGAUGCCCUCCUUCGGCAUGUCAACCACGGGUAAGUCAGUGAAGGCUCCGGUAGAGGCCGACAUGUCGUUGCCGUCCAUGCAGGGAGAUGUCCAGGGACCUGACCUCAGCCUCCAGAUGCCAUCGGCCGACGUGGACAUCACGACCAUCCAGGUGGAUGUGAAACUACCUGAGGCCCAGGUGCCCGAAGGAGAGACCGGUCAGCCAGGGCUGAGAGCCGGACUCAAGGGCCACCUGCCCAAGCUGAAGACUGGCAGCCUCAAGAUGCCCAAGGUGGACAUCAAGCCACCGCAGCUGGACAUCAGGGGACCCAGUGUGGACAGGGAGGCAAUCAAAGUGGUGGGCAGUGUCCCUGAGGAGUCCAUUACCAUUCCCAGCUCUCAGGUGGCCAUCCAGUCACCUGGAGUCUCUCUGGAAGGGGACAUCGGCCUGGGAGACAUGGAGAUGACCCCCAGGGACAGCAAGUUCAAGAUGCCCAAGCCCAAGAUGCCCUCCUUUGGCGUGUCCACCACAGGCAAGUCGGCAAAGGCUCCGGUCGAGGCUGACAUGUCGGUGCCGUCCAUGCAGGGAGAUGUCCAGGGACCUGACCUCAGCCUCAAGAUGCCAUCGGCCGACGUGGACAUCACGACCAUCCAGGUGGAUGUGAAACUGCCUGAGGCCCAGGUGCCCGAAGGAGAGACUGGUCAGCCAGAGCUGGGAUCCAGACUCAAGGGCCACCUGCCCAAUCUGAGGACUGGAAGCCUCCAGAUGCCCAAGGUGCCCCAGCUGGACAUCAGUGGACCCAGAGUGGACCUUGAAAGCACCAAGUUGGCAGUCAGUGUACCAGACGAGGACACCCCUGUGCAAGGCUCACAGGUGGACAACCAGGCACAGGGAGUCUCUCUAGAAGGGGACAUCAGCCUGGGUGACACAGAGUUGACCUCCAGGGAUAAUAAGUUCAAGAUGCCCAAGCUCAAGAUGCCCUCCUUCGGCGUGUCCACCAUGGGUAAGUCAGUGAAGGCUCCGGACGAGGCCGACAUGUCGGUGCCGUCCAUGCAGGGAGAUGUCCAGGGCCCUGACCUCAGCCUCCAGAUGCCAUCGGCUGAUGUGGACAUCACGACCGUCCAGGCGGGUGUCAAACUGCCUGAGGCCCAGGUGCCCGAAGAAGAAACCGGUCAGCCAGAGCUGAGAGCCGGACUCAAGGGCCACCUGCCCAAGCUGAAGACUGGCAGCCUCAAGAUGCCCAAGGUGGACAUCAAGCCACCCCAGCUGGACAUCAGUGGUCCCAUAGUGGACAUGAAGGGCGGCAAGGGGGCAGUGAGUUUCACUGAUGUGGACAUGUCCGUGCCCAGCUCACAAGUGGACGUCCAGGCACAGGGAGUCUCACUGGAGGGGGACAUCGGCCUGGGAGACACGGAGGUGACCUCCAGAGACAGCAAGUUCAAGAUGCCCAAGUUCAAGAUGCCCUCCUUCGGCGUGUCCCCCAUAGGCAAAUCGGGGAAGGCUCCGGUCGAGGCCGACAUGUCAGUGCUGUCCAUGCAGGGAGAUGUCCAGGGCCCUGACCUCAGCCUCAAGAUGCCAUUGGCCGAAGCAGACAUCAUGACCAUCCAGGACGGCCUGAAACUGCCUGAGGUCCAGGAGCCUGAAGGAGAGACCAGUCAGCCUGAACUGGGAGCCGGACUCAAGGGCCACCUGCCCAAGCUGAAGACUGGCAGCCUCAAGAUGCCCAAGGUGGACUUUAAGACACCUCAGCUGGACAUCAGGGGACCCAGUGUGGACAGGGAGGCAAUCAAGGUUGUGGGCAGUGUUCCUGAGGAGUCCAUUACCAUUCCCAGCUCUCAGGUGGCCAUCCAGGCACCUGGAGUCUCUCUGAAAGGGGACAUCGGCGUGGAAGACACGGAAAUGACCUCCAGGGACAGCAAGUUCAAGAUGCCCAAGCUGAAGAUGCCCUCCUUCGGUGUGUCCACCACGGGCAUGUCGGGGAAGGCUCUGGUCGAGGCUGACAUGUCAAUGCCGUCCAUGCAGGGAGAUAUCCAGGGCCCUGACCUCAGCCUCCAGAUGCCAUCGGAUGAUGUGGACAUCACGACCAUCCAGGUGGGUGUGAAACUGCCUGAGGCCCAGGUGCCCGAAGGAGAGACUGGUCAGCCAGAGCUGGGAUCCGGACUCAAGGGCCACCUGCCCAAGCUGAAGACUGGCAGCCUCAAGAUGCCCAAGGUGGACUUCAAGGCACCCCAGCUGGACAUUAGUGGUCCCAGUGUGGACAUGGGGGGCAGCAAGGUGGCAGUGAUUGUCACUGAUGUGGACAUGUCCGUGCCCAGCUCAGAGGUGGACGUCCAGGCACAGGGAGUCUCGCUGGAGGGGGACAUCGGGCUGGGAGUCACGGAGGUGAGCUCCAGGGACAGCAAGUUCAAGAUGCCCAAGUUCAAGAUGCCCUCCUUGAGCAUGUCCACCAUGAGUAAGUCAGCAAAGGCUCCGGUCGAGGCUGACAUGUCGGUGCCGUCCAUGCAGGGAGAUGUCCAGGUCCCUGACCUCAGCCUCAAGAUGCCAUCGGCCGAAGUGGACAUCACAACCGUCCAGGUCGGCCUGAAACUGCCUGAAGCUCUGUUGACCAAAGGAGAGACCGGCCCACCCGAGCUGGGAGCUGGACUCAAGGGCCACCUGCCCAAGCUAAGGACUGGAAGCCUCCAGAUGCCCAAGGUGCCCCAGCUGGACAUCAGUGGACCCAGAGUGGACCGGGAAGGCACCAUGGUGGCAGUCAGUGUACCAGACAAGGACAUCCCUGUGCCUGGCUCACAGGUGGACGUCCAAGUACCUGGAGUCUCUCUGGAAGGGGACAUCAGCUUCGGUGACACAGAGGUGACCCCCAGGGACAGCAAGUUCAAGAUGCCCAAGCUCAAGAUGCCCUCCUUUGGCGUGUCCACCACGGGCAAUUCGGCAAAAGCUCGGGUCGAGGCUGACAAUUCGUUGCCGUCCAUGCCAGACGUCCAGGGCCCUGACCUCAGCCUCCAGGGGCCAUCAGCCGUAGCGGACAUCAUGACCAUCCAAGUAGGUAUGAAACUGCCUGAGGCCCAGGUGCCCGAAGGAGAGACCGGUCAGCCCGAGGUGGGAGCUGGACUCAAGGGCCUCCUGCCCAAACUGAAGACUGGCAGCCUCAAGAUGUCUAAGGUGCCGCAGAUGGACAUCAGGGCCUCCAGUGUGGACAUGGAGGGCGGUAAGUUGGAGGUCUCUGUCCCUGAUGUGGACAUAUGCUUGCCUGGCUCACUGGUGGACGUCCAGGAACCGGGAGUCACUUUGGCAGGGAACAUCAGCCUGGGAGUCAAGGAGGUGACCCCCAGGGACAGCAAGUUCAAGAUGCCCAAGCUCAGGAUGCCGUCCUUCGGCGUGUCCACCACGGGCAAGUCGGCAAAGGCUUCAGUCGAGGCCGAGAUGUCAUUGCCGUCCAUGCAGGGAGAUGUCCAGGGCCCUGACCUCAGCCUCCAGAUGCCAUCAGCCAGGGUGGACAUCAUGACCGUCCAGGUGGGUGUGAAAGAGCCUGAGGUGCAAGUGACUGAAGGAGAGACCGGCCAUCCUGAGUUGGGAGCCGGAGUCAAGGGCCACCUGCCCAAGCCGAAGACUAGCAGCCUCAAGAUGCCCAAAGUGGACAUCCAGCCAUCCCAGCUGGACAUCAGUGACCUGAGUGUGGACAUGGAGGGAGGCAAGGUGGCGGUGAAUAUCCCUGAUGUCGACAUGUCCAUGCCCGGCUCACAGGUAGUCGUCCAGGCACAGGGAAUCUCACUGGAGGGGGACAUCGGCCUGGGAGACACGGAGGUGACCCCCAGGGACAGCAAAUUCAAGAUGCCCAAGCUCAAGAUGCCCUCCUUCGGCAUGUCCACCACAGGCAAGUCGGCGAAGGCUCCAGUGGAGUCCGACAUGUCAUUGCUGUCCAUGAAAGGAGAUGUCCAGGGCCCUGACCUCAGCCUCCAGAUUCCAUCGGCCGAAGUGGACGUCAUGACUGUCCAGGUGGGUGUGAAACUGCCUGAGGCCCAGGUGCCCGAAGGAGAGACCGGCCAUCCUGAGUUGGAAGCCGGACUCAAGGGCCACCUGCCCAAGCUGAAGACUGGCAGCCUCAAGAUGCCCAAGAUGGACUUCAAGCCACCCCAGGUGGACAUCAGGGGCCCCAGCAUGGACCUGGAAGGUGGCAAGGUGGCAGUGAGUGGCACCGAUGUGGACAUGUCCAUGCCCGUCUCACGCGUGGAUGUCCAGGCACGGGGAGUCUCGCUGGAGGGGGACAUCGGGCUGGGAGACACGGAGGUGACCUCCAGAGACAGCAAGUUCAAGAUCCCCAAGCUCAAGAUGCCCUCCUUCGGCAUGUCCACCACAGGCAAGUCGGCGAAGGCUCCAGUCGAGGCUGACAUGUCAUUGCUGUCCAUGCAGGGAGAUGUCCAGGGCCCUGACCCCAGCCUCCAGAUGCCAUCGGCCGACGUGGACAUCACAACCGUCCAGGUGGGUGUGAAACUGCCUGAGGCCCAGGUGACUGAAGGAGAGACUGGCCAGCCCAAGCUGGGAGCCAGACUCAAGGGUGACCUUCCCAAGCUGAAGACUGGCAGCCUCAAGGUGCCCAAGGUGGACUCCAAGCCACCCCAGCUGGACAUCAGGCGUACCAGUGUGGACAUGGAGGGUGUCAAGGUGGCAGUGAGGGUCCCCGAUGGGGACAUGUCCGUGCCUGGCUCACAGGUGGACAUCCAGGCACCUAGAGCGUCUCUUGCAGCGGACAUGAGCCUGGGAGUCAAGGAGGUGACCUCCAGGGACAGCAAGUUCAAGAUGCCCAAGCUCAAGAUGCCCUCCUUCGGCAUGUCCACCACGGGCAAGUCAGUGAAGGCUCCGGUCGAGGCCGACAUGUCGUUGCCGUCCAUGCAGGGAGAUGUCCAGGGUCCCGUCGUCAGCCUCAAGAUGCCAUCGGCCGACGUGGACAUCACAUCCAUCCAGGUUGGCCUGAAACUGCCUGAGGUCCAGGUGACCGAAGGAGAGACCGGCCAGCCCGAGCUGGAAGCCGGACUCGAGAGCCACCUGCCCAAUCUGAAGACUGACAGCCUCAAGAUGCCCGACGUGGACUUCAAGGCACCCCAGCUGGACAUAAUGAGCCCUCGUGUGGACGUGGAGGCUGCCAGGGUGGAGGUCAGUGCUCCUGCAGUGGACGUGGACCCGGGCGUGGCCACAGUGCUAGCCGGGUCUGCCGAGGCUCCUUCCGUGCCGCCGACCCGCCUGCCACUGGGCCCCGGGGGAGUGUGUGCCUGGCCCCCGGCCGGAGACGCUGACCCACAGCCGCCCUGUGCUGGGCCUGGAGAUGCUGAGGCCCUCGCUGUGGGUAGCCCCUUGGGCGCCGCCCAGGCGGGGGUGCGGCCGGCGCAGGCGCGGGACAGCUGGUUCCACCUGCCCAGCUUCCACCUGCCCGGCCUCCGCCGAGGGUCCUCCAAGGGGCCAGGCGGAGCAGGGGUUCAGGGCGAGGUUCAGGGGCCGCCUGCUGGCGAGGGGACAGCCGGAGCAGGGCACGACCCCCGCCCUGGGGCGGCCCUGAGCCAGGUUGUCUGCGCCCCUGUGUCCCGGCUACUCCCCGAAGCCGUGGCCGCCACAGCCGCCGCAGAGAGCGCGUCCUACGCGGAUGUCCUGCGGCGCCCUGUGGUCAGCACAGGCUGGCCCCCACACCCCGCCCCAGCAGGCUGGGGAUCUCUUCAGGCCCAGUGGCCACGAGACCCCGACUCCGUGGACAGCGCGGCCGCCGGGCCCCGGGCGGCCAGCGGGAGGCCUGCCGGCCUGCUCAGACUCUGGUUCCCCAGCUUGGGCUUCUCUGCCGAGCAGGCGGAAGCUCCCUCCGCGGGCACAGCCCAGGACCCACCCCCAGCACCGGAACCACCAGGGCAGGGGCCUGAGGCAGGGCCCCCCAAAAGACAGGAGAAGGGGGGCUGGUUCAGACUCCCCAAGUUGGGCUUCUCCUCCUCUCCCAGCAAGAAGAGCCAGCGCGCCACGGGGGACGGGGCUGCGCUGGCGGAGCAAAACCCGCAGGAGGAAACCGUCACCUUUUUUGAUGCCCGAGAUUGCUUCUCCCCUGAGGAGGAGAAAUAG